AUGAUUGGUUCGUUUGUGUUGCAGGCCUGUGAGAAGGACUCUGAGUGCGGAGGAGGCACGUGCUGCGCAGUGAGCCUGUGGAUCCGCAGCCUCCGCAUGUGCACGUCCAUGGGCCAGGAAGGGGACGAAUGCCACCCCAUGAGCCACAAAGUCCCUUUCUUGGGUAAAAGACUCCACCACACAUGCCCUUGUUUGCCCAACCUGGCAUGCAUCACCAUAGGGGAAGGAAAAUCCCUGUGUUUGUCGCCGCACAAUUACCCAGACUACUACCUCUGA